UCCACGACUAGAUAGCUAUCAAUCACCUUACAGAGAGCAGGACCCACGGUCAUCAUCCUCUGUAUGGCAAUGAGCCUCGCUUACAGAAGAAACCUUAACGUCCAAAUCCGCCAUGGCUACGAGUUUCAUGUCCUUUUCUACUGCUACUAGUUAGACAAAAACUUACAAACAGUUAAGCUUUUCGUCUUUAAUCGUUUUCACUUUCUUUAUUAGCACUUCCCGCUCUUUUAUAUACUGCUUUUCCUACCUCUAUCUCCGGCUUCAAUCUGAUAUUCAUCAUAUAGUCAAAGAUUUCUACCCCCUUUUCAACUUAAAAUCUUUAGCCAUCUUUUUCAUGACUUCCCUUGUCAUCGAAGUUCCCUAUAUUCUUUACCUUAUUUUCUCCAGAUUUUCAUGCCCCAAGUAAAAGUAUACUACUACUCUGUUUAUUUUCUCCUGAUUAAGAUAUGGAUACCAUGAAACCCAAAUCAGCCUUGAACAGCAAGAGCAGGUUAGCACGUACUUUCCAAAAGGUUAUCAAUCUUCGGACCGCAACAAGAAUUGCUUCUAACAAUGGUAUUUGCAUGCUCGCGUCUCAGCCCAAAGUCAAGGAGGAUUUUUUCACCGAUAAAAAGUCUCAGCAGUUUGACAAGAAUGGCGUCGAUACGAGAGGCCGGAGGAGAGCGGUGCUGGAAGCUUUGGUGGCGAAGCUUUUUGCGGAGAUUACUUCUAUCAAAGCUGCUUAUGCUGAGCUCCAAAUGGCUCAGAAUCCUUACAACAAUGACGCCAUUCAGGUCGCUGACCAGGCCGUCGUCGACGAGCUCCAAACUAUUUCCGAGCUCAAGCGCAGCUUCUUGAGAAAAGAACUCCGUCUUUCACCCCAGGUUACUCUCAUGCUCGCGGAAAUUCAAGAGCAGCAGGGCUUGAUGAAGACAUACGAGAUAACCAUCAAGAAACUCGAGGCAGAGGUUGACCUCAAAGACUCCGACAUCACUUCGCUCAAGAACCAGCUCGACGACUGCAUUGCAUUGAACAAGUCAUUAGAAAAGAAGCUAAAUUCAAGCGGGUCUCUGUCAAUGUUCGAUGCUCUUCGGCUUACGAAGCUCAAUGUGACUCAUUUUAUCCAAUUUCUCCACCACACCCUAAGAUCCAUUCGUAGUUUCGUGAAAUUAAUGAUUCGUGACAUGGAGUCGGCGCACUGGGAUCUUGACGCGGCUGUCAAGUUCAUCGAGCCCGACGCAGUUUUCACCAAACAAAGCCAUCGGUUCUUCGUUUUCGAAUCCUUUGUUUGCAUUACUAUGUUUGAGGGCUUCAAUUUCCCUCACUUUUCACCAAGUGAUCACCCUCAACAACAGCAACAAGAACCAGUACCUCUUGAUAAACAGCGCAAUCGCCUCUUCUUCGACAAGUUCAAAAAGCUCACGAACGCUAAUCCGAGGCAUUUUCUUUCCCACAAUCCAAACUCUUCAUUUGCAAUGUUCACUAGGUCCAAAUACCUCCAGCUCGUACAUGCAAAGAUGGAAUGCUCUCUGUUCGGUAACUUGAAUCAGCGAAAGCUCGUGAACUCCGGUGGUGUUCCGGACUCCGCGUUCUUUUUAGCCUUUUCCGAGAUGGCGAAGCGCGUGUGGCUUCUGCAUUGCCUGGCAUUCUCGCUCGACGAAGAGGUAACCAUAUUUCAGGUAAGAAAGAAGGGUAGGUUCUCCGAGGUAUACAUGGAAUGCGUGGCCGAUGAAUCGUUGUUAUUCUCCGGUGAAAUCAGCAGUGGAAUCGACGUCUGUGCCAGUCGCGCGCUCCGCGUGGGUUUUACGGUGGUGCCAGGGUUCAAGAUUGGAGAAACCGUGAUACAAAGUCAGGUUUAUAUGUCUCCGGCCACCGCUACUCCGGCUAGUGGCUAGAUCGAUGUUUGUAUACUGCAUGUCGAGACUCGAGAAUCGAGAUUACACUCCCGACGCGCUUUUACGCACGCUCCGGUGUCAUUCGGUAAAGUCAAGUCUGGCGGCGGAGUUUUAAAUGCAUGUUUUAUGGUUGAUCAGUAGGGUAAUGUCGUAAUACAAUUGAGUUGAUAUGAGUAAAAUUGUUUAUAUAAUUGAUGAAUUUUAAUAAUAUGAAAUUUUGUAAUUGAGGAAAAAUAUUUGUAUGUGUAUUUUGAAAUUAUAAAAAAUAACUCUUUAUUCUAUAA